AUGUCCAACGUUCUGCGACCAUACCUUGCUGCCGUGCGGUCCACGCUUACCGCGGCGCUCACGCUCGAGGACUUCUCGUCGCAAGUCGUCGAACGGCACAACAAGCCUGAGGUCGAAGCCGCCGCAUCCAAGGAAGUGCUCCUUCACCCCCUGACCAUCUCCCGUAACGAGAAUGAACGCGUCCUCAUCGAACCCUCAAUCAACUCCAUCCGGCUAAGCAUCAAGAUCAAGCAGGCGGACGAGAUUGAGCGGAUACUGUGCCACAAGUUCACGCGAUUCAUGAUGCAGCGCGCGGAGAACUUCAUCGUCUUGCGGCGGAAACCCGUCAAGGGCUAUGACAUCUCGUUCCUGAUCACGAACAACCACACGGACGUCAUGCUCAAGCACAAGAUCGUCGACUUCAUCAUCCAAUUCAUGGAAGAAGUCGAUAAGGAGAUCAGCGAGAUGAAGCUGAGCCUGAACGCGCGUGCUCGUGUUGUUGCAGAGUCUUACCUGACGGCGGUUCGUGCCUUCUUACCGUGGAUCUGA